UUGAUGAUUAUCUAUGCAGGUGCGAGAAAAUCUUCAAUUCUUCAAAUGGGUUGCGAUAACAUCAUGAUUGCUUUUGUAUUUUUUAUAACAUAUUCUCUUUGCAUAAUGCUUUACAGAUGUGAAGGUACUAUGCUGUCGGGAGAUUACAUCACUGGAAAUAAAACCCUGGUUUCUCCAACUGGUGCAUUUGCUUUAGGGUUCUUCAGUCCUCAAGAUUCCAAUAAGAGCUACGUGGGUAUCUGGUAUCAUGAUUUAGGUCCCGAAAAAACAGUUGUUUGGGUUGCCAACAGAGACUCCCCACUGGAUUCUCCAAGUAAAUUCACGCUCAGACAUGACAACCUAUUGAUUUUAGAUAGUACAGGAAAGAUUGUCUGGUCGACUAAUAUUACGUCGCAACAUUCCGUAAACACAACAGUUGGAUUGUUGAGAGACGAUGGAAAUCUUCUUCUCCAACUUAACGAAAAAACCGUGUGGGAAAGCUUUAACACUUCUUCUGAUACAACACUACCAGGAAAGAUAGUCAGCUUUAACAAGAAAACCAACAAAGAACUUGUUCUGUCGUCUUGGUCAAACAAGCAAGAUCCAAAACCAGGAAUAUUUACUUACGGGAUCGACCCAGAAGGGAUUACUCAGUUCCUCAUCUGGAAGAAAUCUAAACGAUAUUGGAGAAGUAAUGUGUACGGGCUAAGUCAAACAGAAUCUACAUAUGAUCUGUGGAAGAAUAUGGACAACUUCCUCUUUACUUUGAACUUUAUUGGUGAUGAACAUUAUAUGACAUUCGAACUUGUUUCCCCAAGACAAGUCGAUAAAGCCAGAUUCUUGUUAACAUCAGAUGGACAAAUUGCGCUUUUUUUUUGGCUUGGUUAUGAAUGGGCAUCUAUUUGGAGUGCACCAUCUCGUAUGUGUGACUUCUACGGAUAUUGUGGACCAUCUGGUGUGUGCGACUUGAUUAGUCAAUCCUCUUCAUGGCGAGUCUGUAAGUGUCUGCCAGGCUAUAAGCCUAGAAAUGAACAAGAAUGGGAUAGAGGAGAGUGGUCUGGUGGGUGCAAGGUGGAAAAAGAUUUAGAGUGCGACAACAGAGAUGGGUUUUCGAAGGUGAAGAUGAUGAAAUUUCCCGAUCUACCAAUAAUGUUAGGGAUGAUGAAUGCAAGUACAUGCCAGUCCAGGUGUUUGCAGAACUGCUCUUGCUCAGCAUAUGGUUACUUGGAUAUGCCGAAUAAUAAGGUUAGGGAUGAUCAUGUGGAAGGAAGAAAUGAUAUAAUUACAUGUUUGAAUUGGCAUGGAGAUUUGCUAGAUCUUGUAGAAUUGUUGUCUGGAGAUGAUAAGGGUAGAGAUCUCUAUGUUCGAAUUCCAGGCUCCAAAUCUGAUGCAGUUACAGAUGGGUCGCAUGAGAAUGACAAUCAUGUCCCCAUUCAAAAUAAGAAGGUGGUAGUUGCCAUAUCCACUGCAUUAAUUGCAUUCCUUCUCAUUGCUAUAAUUGCUUUAUACUGUCUAUGGUGGCGGAAUACCUCAAGCGAUCGCGAAGCAGAGAGAAAUGUGAUUGGGAGGAGCUUUACAAGUGAAGGCAGGCAGGAGGAUGGAAAGCUGGUGGAAUUCAAUUUUAAGAGCAUUUUAUUAGCUACGAAUAAUUUUUCCGACUCAAAUAAAUUAGGAGAAGGUGGAUUUGGUGCGGUUUAUAAGGGAAAUUUGCCUCAAGAUCGAGUAGUAGCAAUAAAAAGGUUAUCGGAGAAAUCUUCACAAGGACUUGAGGAGUUCAUGAAUGAAUUGAAACUCAUUGCCAAUCUGCAACAUAAAAAUCUUGUGAGGCUCAUAGGCUGUUGUGUAAAGAAUGGUGAAAAGCUUUUGGUCUAUGAAUACAUGCCUAAUCGAAGCUUGGACAAAUUUUUAUUCGAUCCAAAUGAAAAAAGAAUCUUAGAUUGGAAUAAAAGAUUUCAGAUUAUUGAGGGUAUUGCUCAAGGAAUUCUAUAUCUUCACAAGCAUUCUAGACUAAAAGUAAUACACAGAGACCUUAAAGCGAGUAAUAUUUUGUUGGAUGGAGAAAUGAACCCCAAAAUUUCUGAUUUUGAAAUGGCAAGAAUUUUUGACAUGAAUCAAACUGAAGCAAAGACCAACAAAGUAGUAGGAACGUAUGGUUAUAUGUCGCCUGAAUACGGUUUAUAUGGAAAAUUCUCAGAGAAGUCAGAUGUUUUUAGUUUUGGAGUAUUGUUGAUAGAGAUUGUGAGUGGAAAAAGAAAUAUUAAUUUUCAUUGUGAAGAUCUCUCUCAAAUUCUCCAAAUAUGGGCAUGGAAAGAGUGGAAAAAAGGUAAAGCAUUGGAGAUAAUAGAUUCAUCAAUACGUGAUACAUGUUCUAUUCAACAAGCUGAAAGAUGUAUCCAUAUUGGAUUGUUGUGUGUUCAAGAAGCACCAAUUGAUCGACCAAUUAUGUCUUCGGUGAUUUUGAUGUUAGGAAACGAAACUAUCUUACUUCCAUCUCCCAAAGAACCUGCCUUUUGGAUGAGCAAUGAUAAUACAAGUCUUCACCAACCUUUCAAUUCUCAUUCCUAUAAUGAGAUGACAAUAACUUGGUCAGAGGCUCGAUAGUAAACAAAUGUGAAAUAAUUUAUUUUUAAAUUAUAUUAGCAAUAAGUUAAAAGAUUAUUUAAUACUAGUUUUUGUAAUUUAGUAAAAUUUUAUAUGAUAUG